AUGUCGGCAGCUUCUCGUCUUGUGGCUUGUUGGCUUGAUUCAAAUAUUGGUGUAACCGGCGCAUAUCCUGAAUUGAAGCAACAAUUCAGCGGUGUUUCAGAACGCAUUGAAAAAUGGCAUUACUUUGAUUCAGGCGAUAAGUUCAUCCAAUUUAUCGAUGAAAAUCCUAAUAUUACACUUGUUACUAUUAUGUCCGGUCAUCUUGCGAAAACUGUUGUUACAGCUGUAUCUGAUCGGACUUCUUUACAUAGUGUUUAUAUCUUUUGUGGUAAUACAGCGAAAUAUCGAUCAUUACUAUUAAAUGAACAUAAGGUUAAAGGUGUAUUCAAUUCUGAAGAUGAUUUAUAUAGACAAAUGUAUUCGGAUUUACACCAAGAAUUUCCAUAG